GGUUGUCUAGAUAUGGUCAGGAAACUUAUUGACUAGAUGCUGAGUAAAAAACUCUUUCACCUUGCACGGCACUGGGAAAUUUGGAACUUGGCAUGGAUAUUGCCGUGACGGAGGAACUUGAACUGACUACUACAGUGAGCAAUCUUUGUUAGACCUGUAUUGUAAGUGGUUGUCUAGAUAUGGUCAGGAAACUUAUUGACUAGAUGCCGAGUAAAAAUGUUAAUUGUUGGACCAGUAUGGUGUGUGGCUAUGUAAAUUGUGGUCGGCUGACUGAAGCUAGACAGUUUUUUGAGAGAAGUACGGUUAGGGAUGUAGUUCUUUUGCCUGCUAUGAUUAAUGGUUAUGUGCUGUUCAACCGUUUUGACAAGGCAGUCGAACUGUUUCAAGAAAUGCUGAUUCAAAGGGUUAAACCGGAUAAGUUUGUUUUGGUUUCUCUCCUAACUGGAUGUGCUAAAUUGGGAGCUCUCGAGCAAGGGAAAUGGAUUCAUGGAUACCUUCGUGAAAAUGGAAUUGUUGUAGACACUGUUGUUGGUACCGCCCUUAUAGAAAUGUAUGCAAAGUGUGGGUGCGUUGAGAAAGCUCUAGAGAUAUUUCUAUGGGUGAGGGAAAGGGAUACUGCCUUUUGGACUUCAGUUAUAUCUGGACUGGUAAUUAACGGGGAAACAAGCAAGGCACUUGAGUUAUUCUCGGAAAUGAAACAAACCGAUGAAAAACCUGACAAUAUCACCUUUGUAGCUGUUUUAAGUGCUUGUAAUCAUUGGGGAUUGGUUGAAGAAGGUCGUAAGGUUUUUGAGUCCAUGUCAAAAGUGUACCAGAUGGAACCAUAGUUGGAACACUAUGCGUG